CUAUUAAAAACUUUGCCUUGUGAUAUACAAGAAGGCAAAGAUAAGCAGAAUACAAAAAAAACCACAUUGCCUUUCACACGUUUUAGAAAUUAUUGCUAAACAAGAUAACAAAGCUUUCAAAAUGGCUUCCUAUGGUUUUGUACUCUUUGUCUUUGUGGUAUGCGGUCUGUUGGAGUCCGCUGUAUUUCAAAGUCCUCACGAUUGCAAUGAACCAAUGGACAUAGGACCGUGUGACGGGGUAGUCCCUCGAUUCUUCUACAGCUUCCAGAUGAGACAGUGUCUCAGUUUCGAUUACGGGGGAUGCGGAGGGAACAGCAACAACUUCAAAACCAGACGAGAAUGCGAGGACACAUGCGUCUGGGACUAGUCGUUCCACAACUGCAAACUGUUUUUAUUGUUGUCAAAGAGAAUCUUCAGUUAAUGAAAAACAAUGUAGACCUUUAAUUCUUCAAAAUAACGUAACCUAAAACGCGACAAUAGGUAGAGGAAGAAUAGUUGUUUUAUGAUCGAUUAAAUAUUAGUCAAAACUAUAAA